UUCUCGGUCGCCGGUGCCCAAAACCACCGUUAGGGCGGCCGCCCUUUCGCCUCACUCCGUUUUAAUAGUCCUCUUGAUCGCCCUAUCCAAGCGAUGUGAUCCGUCCAGCCUCACGUUAGCUUCAUUCAUAUUCUUCCGGGCCGCCCUAUCCAGGCCGGAGAUUUCUACAUCUUUAAAUUCGUCAAGCGAGGGCGACAAGCGGUCCGUUCAAACAUCGUCAUUCGUCUUCUCCUGUUCUUCUCUUCGCCCCUGCUCGCUGGUUCAAUUUCAAUGUAUUCACCGGAGCGGGCUCCUGGGUUUCCAGUCUCCGUCACAACAUCCGUGACACUUUAAUCACAGCCUAGGUACCGGACGGUGACAAGGAUCCGCAAUACCAUGGCGUACCAAGGGACAUCUUCACGCGUUGAAGGCCUAUCUUCCGGCCCGGACUCUCACCCCAGACAGCCUUCUAUCUCUCCGCCCACCCGGAGCAAUACCGUCUCCACAGUUGCUAGUGAUAAGCAUUUACCUCCUGGGACCUGGAAGAUACCGAUCCAUGGCAAUUGCCCAAGAUGCCAUCACCAUCACAAGGCCUUCCUCAUCCGAGUCGAGGUGUCCGGGGAUCCCAACGAGGUUACUGACAUACUCUGCGAAAAAUGUCACCAAAAAUGGCUCGCCGUCGGUGGAGGCAGCUCCACACAACUUUCGCUGCUCUCCACUGCAAGUACUGACCUGGACCACGUGGAGAUUGAUUUCCGCAAAACACUAAUUGACAUGGUGCGAGAGGCUACUGGUACAGCGACCGCGGCGGGUCUCCCCGGCGUUCCCGAAUCUUCGUCCCGGGCCCCGUCUCGCCAGGCCUCAGUAAAUAUGCAUACGCAGCAUCCAAGCCGGAGUGCUUCCCUGUCAGAUGCAGAGCCUCGACCUGCACAUCAGAUACAGCCCCCUGAAGCCAUCCUCGGCGGCGGCGCAACACCAACAGUGGUUGCGCCUGUGGACCAGAGGGCCGACAGAGCAACGCUUGCGAGCGAGCGUAGGCGCGCCGGGAAAACGUUGGCUACCCUCAAGCGCAAGCUUCAAGAUGCCUUUCCUAUCUUCAAGGAAUCCCGCUUCAAGCGGCUCAGCAGCCCUUGGAGAAAGGCUUUGAGACAGGAAAAAGCCAAAAGCAAAUCACCAAUCGCCCAGAACGAGCUCAUCCACUAUCCAUCACAUUCGGAGGCGCGUGCGGGACGUGGCAGCGCUUACGAACCGAAAAUCAGAAGCAACAGCACGGACAAGACUGAAGACGCCGAAAACGGGUGUCUUCCGAAAGACACACGGUCCGAUGCGAUUGAAAAGGCCAAGAACGACGAAGAAAAGCUGAAAGGGAUGACACCUCAUCAACACGAUGCGUGGAUUCGCGAUCACAUGACUGCAUUCAAAUGCCGCUGCGCUCGCCAAUGCACCUGCAGGUCCCAUGUUUCCCCUGACGCUCGAGCGGAAUUGGCUCGUAUUGAGCCGUUUCUCACAGCCCGACCGCCUCGGCCCGAGCUUGCUGGAGUGGGCAGCCAUCUCACCGACUUUGCCCCUGGUGCGUUUUAUACCGACACUGGACCACUCAACAUCAGCACUACCACAAGAACUUCAGAAGCAGACACCGCAGUCUCCGGCCGCGCCGCAACGGCAACAGCGAACCCACAAAACUCGUUACUCGGUCUCUCACCAAGUCAGAGACCUCGGUCCUUGUCUCCUCGGCCCGCUUCGCUCCGGCACUCUCGAUAUUCGUUGCAGCGGCUACGUCAACAUGGUCUCAUGGCGCGCACAUCCAUAGACUCCAAUCUUACUGCAGGCCGAGUUCGUAGCACUUCUACGACCAGUAGGCGGGGUACAGAGAGGUUUUCCACCGCUUCGCUCGGCCCGCCCUCAAUGUCUCUCGCCCCCGAGAGUUUAGCAGAGCAGAGUCGUACGCAACAACCAACGCCCGGGGAGAACGAGUAUUCCGAUCUCGAUAAUGAGCCCCGUGCAUCGACACCACAUAUCAAUGGAUAUCGCACAUCUGACGAGCGCAAUCGUGAAUCUGACACGACACAACCUGCAGACUCGUUCGGGACUUAGCGCGCCAGCGCACAAUUGUGGCCCACGACAAAGAGGACCAUCUCAACACUUCCUUCCAUUCCCUUACUUUUCUGUCCCUUCGUCUGAAGCUUUAUUUCUUGCUGGCUCUCAACACUCACUACCGUCUUCUCACACCACG